AUGGAUCUGGUUGCCUCAAGGGGCAUUCCGGUAAUUGCUGCUGGUGGAAUAGUCGAUGAACGAGGCUAUGUUGCUGCUUUAGCACUUGGAGCCCAAGUUUUCUGUUUAGGCACUAGGUGGAUAGGGGCCCCACAGCGUGUACUUAAAACAACGUUUUACAUGGAAUGGAGAAAUCUACCAAGUCAUGAGAAUGAGGCUAAUCAACAUGUUAUUGGGCAUACAACAAGACAUGGCAUGGGGAAAGAGAUUAGGCAGUUUGCGGGUACAAUGCCAAACAAGACAACAAAAGGGGAUAUUGAAAGCAUGGUAAUGUAUGCAGGUGAAGGCGUAGGACUUAUACAUGAGAUUUUACCAGCUUCUCAAGUGGUAAACCGACUUGUUGAGGGCGCUCAGAUUUUGAUCCAACAACAUAAAUCGUCAACAGGCAUCUACUAA